AUGAGUAUUAUGGAUAUCGAACCAUUAAAUAAUGAUACGAAAGUUCGCAUUGAUAUUUCUGAUGCAACAUAUCAAUAUUCAACAAUGUCUCAACUGUCAAAAAUUGAUCGUACACGGAAAAUCCUUCUUCUCUUAAUUUCCAUGGAAUUUGUUCUAUCUACGAUAAGUGUGAUUACUGUCAUUUAUUCGUAUGCGCUUGAUUUUACAUUGGGAUUUGAAUCGUACAAUGUAGUUUUUCGAUUCUUAUCAUUUUUAUCAUUUUUAUGUUUUGGCUUUGGAUUAAUUGCUGCCGAUCGAUAUUACGUAACAGGUUUACGUCUAUUCGCCAUGCUACUUAUGCUAGAUUUAAUAUUAAGUUAUUUGAGUCUGAUAAAUUUUAUUAUAAUACCAAUGACUUUUGAAAAAUAUUCCAUGGGUAAGGUUCCAGUCAUCAUUUUUAUUCUGAUCUUUUUGAUGAUAUUCUUUGUAAUAUUAUUUCUCCAGGCAUAUAUUAUUAGAUUGGCCUAUAAAUUAUCAAAUUUACUUAAUGCUAAUAAAUAUUGA